AUGGCUGCCACCACGAUCUUGUCUUGGAUGGUAAUGAUAACUCUUGGAAUUCAGGUGGAUGCAGCACCAGGUAGCUCCAGCUUCACUCCCCCUGAGUCAUGGACCACAGGGACCGGCUCCUGCGGUGGCUUGCUUCAGGGUUUGUCCGGCACAGUCCAGAGCCCGGGCUACCCCUCCUCCUACCCCAACAGCGCCCGCUGCGUGUGGCGCAUUCAGCUGUGGGAGCUGGAUCGCAGGGUCGAGCUCCAGUUUCUGGAUGUGGAGCUGGAAGGCAACAGCUGCCAGUACGACGCCAUCGAGGUGUACGACGGCGGGUCCCCUGAGAGCCUGCUCCUGGGGACCGUUUGCAGGAACGACCAUCGCAUCUUCAAGUCAUCCGGGCACCAGAUGACCAUCCUGUUUCGCAGUGAUGGCAGCAUCACCCAGAGAGGUUUCCGGGCCUACUACUCCUCCUUUCUCAGCUCCGGCAGCACCACGGACUCGGGACUAACAGUGCCUCCGCCAACAGCACCAGGUAGCUCCAGCUUCACUCCCCCUGAGUCAUGGACCACAGGUACGUCCGGGGGGCUUGAGGGGUCUGACUGUCUCCUGCCCCCAGUUAUGGAUCACAGAAUGGCAGGAUGGCUGAGGCUGGCAGGGCCUUCUGGAGGUCAGCUGGUCCUACCGCCUGGCUAAAGCAGGGUCACCUAGAGCUGGCUGCCCAAGACCAUGUCCCGAUGGCUGUUGUCUGUCUCCAAGGCUGGAGAGUCCCCCGCCUCUGCAGGCAACUUGUGCCCGUGCUCAGUCACCCCCACAGGGAAAAAGUGUUUUGUGAUGUUCAGAGGGAACCUGCUGUGUUUCAGUUUGUGCCCAUGGCCCCCUGUCCCAUCCCUGGGCACCACUGGAAAGGGCCCGGCUUUUGGAGAGGGUUGACUCCCAGCAGGUUGU